CUGGGCUGCUGGGCUGCUACACACUUUAAAACUAGCAGUUGAAGUUUGCCAGUUGUACACUGGAUAUGCACUAGCUGCUGAAGCGCAUUUGGGCCCAUAGUACCAGAUUAUACUCCUCACACUUGUGCACCCGUCCCGCACACGGCUAAGAACAGUUCCAGCAAGGAAAAAAAUAACACACACUGGACCCUUCUGUAAAGUUUGAUGACAACUUACCAGCAAGGAUUUAUGAAAACUAAACACCCUUUGGAAUAAUGAUCAGGAGGUUGAAAUUGCAAAGAGCCUCAGCUGAGCCGCGCAUAUUGGUUGGGAUAGGCACCCUGGAGUGACAACAUCUGGUUGUAAUUAAAAAGGAGAUAAAAAUGGGGAGAGACGUUGAUUAGUAGCUGAAAUAUUUUUAUUUUUUUAGUGGUUUCUCCUGCAAACCCAGUGCAAAAGCCCUACAAAUGGACUAUGCCUAAGAACCACAGGAUUUAGUUUCUGCAAAGGACAAGACUACAGUGUGCAGUGUCUUCUGCAGGAGAUGAACAUAGAAGGUGGCUAAGGGAGAAGAGGAGGAGCCCCUCUGCCUGCAUUGCAAAGAUAUGUUAUACGGCUAAACAAAUGCCUGAAAAUCUGUAACAGGUCAGCUCCUGCUCUGACUGGAUUCUUAUUUAAGAUGCCUGUCAGGAGCCACUUGACAUAAAUCACACUGCAAGCAUUUUUUAAUCUUAGCAAUCCUUCUUGUGCCAAAGGAGGCCCCAAAGCUGCAAACCAGCCAGCUGUGACAGAACUAGACCUUUCGAGAGAACACAUGGAAGUGGGAGCUGAGUGCAUUGCUCACCAAACCAGGCAUAUUCAGAAACACAAUGAAGCUCUGAUAAGUGUAAGCCUGCUACAGGAACAUGCUCAGACCUGCUAAGCAGACGGAGACCCUGUACUUAGAGACAUCAGGCGGAGCUCUCCUGCUCCACAUACCCCCCUCCCAUCGGAACUGCAGCAGUUCUGCAUUGCAUUUUGAUGUCGUGUCGCAUUGUCCCAAAGGAGGGGGUUACAACUUGUUACCUUACAAAACCAAUUGGCUCAGAGAACAUGGAGAAGAAUGAGGCUGAAGAGACCACCUGUGGCUGGAUUCUGCUUCUUGCUUGCCUUCUCUGUGGUGGCAUUUACUAGUUUUCCUCUGCUGUUUCCAACUGAGUCCGAUUUCCAGUUCUUGGCACUAGCUGAGCCACAUGGGAAAGUCAUCCGGCCCAGGCGUCUGUGGACAAACACCACUGCCUCUGUCCCCCGGCGGGCCAGAAGCUUUGACCACAGAGAAUGGGAACCCGCUCCCCCUGGCACUGAUCAGGAAAGGCAAUCCUCACACCAUCCCCACUCUGCCUGCAAGCCAAAGAACCAGCCAAGCAGCCUGCGCCGACAAAACCACACACUGCUGAAAGGAAAGAGAAAGCACAAAGGAGAGAUUAGGAAACAUAACGUUGUGAAAAGCUCUGAAGCCAGCAGUAAAUUACAGCAUGAAAACAUUCCCUGCAGGACCAGUGGUGAGAAGAAAAGGGAGCUUAAUACUCAUUUUUCUCUAAAGAAUACAGGGAACAAUGUUCAUUUCUAUAAGCUGACAGGGAAAAAGGCAGAUAUGAAACCACAAAUGGAGGAGGCCCCUUUCUUUUCUCCUUCACUCAGCAAUAAAAGGAGUUUUCAGGAAGGAAAGCCGGAGUUUGUUUUACUUCUUAAGAACUCUUUUGCAAGCCAGCCAACUGUGGCACAGGACCAAUGCAAACCAGAUGUGCAGGCAGCUGGCGCUGAGCCGCAGCAUUCAGAUUCGAUUAAGGCCUUUAUCUCGGAAGCAGAUAGCAGGCUGCCCUUCAAAGGUGCAGCAGGCACGCAGAGACAGACAGGCAGUUACUCCCAGGGGCCUGGAGAGCCAGGAGCUCAUUUCUGGGUGGGUGUGGCCACGCAGUUACAGACAUCUGAAUGGUGUGUGAAGACUCCAGAAGAUGCCCUUUCUGCCAAAUGGGAGGGCCGCCUGAGGUUUGGUGAGAGGAUCCCACCUUGGUUUACUGCAGACGAUGUGCAGAAGAUGAAAUGGCUGGCAAAUAGCGAAGUGGUGACCAAAACCAGAAUUCCUGCCCACGGACAAAUACUCAGAGUCAGCCUUUUGGCCAGCCAAGACACUUCCCCAUCUGACCCUAAACGAGACUGUUCCGAUGGGCUCUGUGGAUUAAUAAAGCGGCCCAGUGACCUCUAUGAGGUGCUAGCUUUCCACUUGGACAGAGUGUUGGGGCUGAAUAGGAGUCUGCCUGCAGUGGCCCGCAAAUUCAACAGUCCCCUGCUGCCCUACAAAUACACCAAUGGUGCCGCAAGGCCCAUCAUAUGGUGGGUGCCUGAUAUCCAGCACCUAGAUGAUGCCAACAAUGACCAGAACUCCUUUGCACUGGGGUGGCUACAGUACCAGUCUCUGCUGCAGCAGCGGUGUGGCAUGGCAGAUUCCAGGGCAGCCCUCGGAAUAGCUCCGUGUUUGAGUGUCCUGCACACAGAGUGGGCCAAACUGGCGCUCUUUGAUUUUCUCCUACAGGUUCAUGACCGCCUGGACCGUUACUGCUGUGGAUUUCAGCCAGACCCUACAGAACCUUGCAUGGAGGAAAUGCUUCAUGACAAAUGUAGGACUCCUGCACAGCUGGUCCUGGUCCACAUCCUGAUCCGGGGAAGUGCGCCUUCUCGCCUGGUGUUCAUUGACAAUGCAGGCAGACCCCACCAUCCGGAAGCAAAACUCAACUUCAGGCUCCUGGAAGGCAUAGAUGGGUUUCCUGAGACAGCUGUGACUGUGCUCAAAUCGGGAUGUUUACAGAACAUGCUUCUGAAGUCACUGUCCCUGGAUCAGGAAUUCUGGGAAAGCCAGGGUGGAUACCCAGGACUUAGACACUUGCUUCAAGUCAUUAACAGAAGAGGACAGAUCCUACUGCAGUACAUUCAGGAACACAAUUUGACAAUCUUUAAGGAUUCAUCACUUUAAAACAUACCCCUACAAGAGCGACACACUCGCCUGAUAUAAAGUGCAAGGUUGCAACCAUGGAUAUACCUCAGUCCUCUAAAGCUUUUAUGUUCAGAAGCUGAUCUUGAGUGCUUGGUUCUUCAGAAUCAAAUUCAGCAGCACAUCCUGAAGAAGCAGAAUAGAUCCGAGGAAGAGACAGAUGGGGGGAAGAAAAUUUCUGACACGUUACAGAAAGGCUGGGAAAAUGCAUUAACCAAGUAUUUAUUGAGCACUGACUCCAGUUUGGAUUUUCAAAGGAGUUGAAUCUCAUUGAGAUUUUGGGCACCUAACUCCUUGAGGUUCCUUUGAAAAUCUUAUCUUGAAUGUUACAGCAAAAUACUAAGGACAACAUGAGAAAUAUUAUCUCAACAGUUUGAGAGACUGACCAAAGCUCAUAGAAGUCAAUGGGAGUCUUUUCAUUGACUUCAAUAGGCUUUUGAUUAAGCAUUAACUGCUUCAGAAAUAGUCAAUAUGACCAGUUUGGUUUGACAUAAGACAAAAGGGUGGCACCUCCAAAGUUAUUAUAUAAAUAAUGAAAUAGCAUGUGAGCUAAGAUACAUCUUCCUCAGUCUAAUGAAUGAUGUGCCUAUGGAUACUGGAUGUAGAUCAAUUCAUGCCAGCUGAGAAUCUGGCCCAUAAUGCAUUGCAGCAAGCAUCUGGCAGCAAUUGCUAUUGUUAAGAUUGCAAAGCACUUUCUAGCCUAACUCGCUGUUUUCAUACACUCAAAGCUUCCUGAAACAUUCACCUUUUGAGCUGCAAAUUUCCAUGCUAGGUCUGGAGUGAAUUUUUAUUUUAUUUGGAAAAGUUUGAACUAAAUCACUUUUGUCACUUUUGAGCUAUGGGAGAAUUAAACAAAAAUGCCUCCUAUUAAAGAGCUUUUAAAUACCCUCUUUUGGACAUGGCAGCAGCAAAACAGCUGUCCAAAACUUGAAACCUUCCUUGGUUUGCAGAACAAUAUUUUUUAAAAUGAUAAGCAACUGCAAAAUGACUUCAGAGCAUGCUAUCUGCUAAGAAUUUUGGCACAGCCUACUUGAGUCCUGUCUUAUUUUUGUCAUCACUGUACAUCUGCCUGGCUGCUCAGACA